AUCAUCGGUUGUCUUUGCUCUGCCUCGCCGUCCUCUCCCUUGGACUGGUCCUGGCGAACUCUGUGAAGCCUGAGUACUUCCGUACGGCUUUACAAGGGGAAGAUAUCCCCCAUAGAGCGUAUCUUGAUUCUCGCAUGCCCGAGGACCAAGUGACGAUUCAGUUCUGCCAGAGCUGAUCCUUCCGUGGUGCGUUCCAACAAGUAGCUCAACUCUUAGACCAGAAGGCCACUUCUAUGCUCGACAUAAAGGGAACAGAGUAUCCUAUUCCGGAGUCGGUGAAGCACAUGUCGCAACUCGUGGGCAUGCUGCAAUUGCUGAUGUUGGCCAUGGUGUUCUUCGGAGACACCAUGUGCGGAUUUAUUGGUAUUCCUACGCCCGACCUCGUCAAGAACAUGCAAGACAAUAAGUUCACAGCUUUCUUCGCGGUCUACUUCAUCGGCUCCACAUUGCAAGGCGUCCUCAUGAAUACUGGGGCCUUUGAGAUCUACAAAGGAAACACCUUGAUCUGGUCCACGCUCCAGGCUGGCCGUUUGCCAAAGUUGAACGACAUCGUUGCGGCGUUUGAGCGGCAGGGUGUCGAGUUUGCGUUCUAAUGCAAGUGCCUCCUCCUCCUCGCAUACUGGGUGUCUCAGUGUUGGUUGUUGUGGGCAGUAUCACAGAGAAAUGGGGAGACAGGUUCUGAGCUACUUCCUGAUCUCUCAUGUUGACUCUGCUAUUACUAUGAGGACGAAUGAUUACAGGACUCAAAAUCAUCUCGGAUGAGUUCGGUAUGAUAUGCUCCUCCCCCAAAGCGACCAUCUCGAGAUCCUACUGCGGCCACAUCAGGCAUACUUACUCUGCAC